CAAUAAUAUUUAACGAAUAAAUAAUGUUCCUGUUCCAAAAAAGUCUAACGACGCUAUUCCAAAGCUCUCAGUAACCUAUUAGACUUAAAUCUAAGUUUUAUUCAUUGCAAAAAGAAAACAUGCCUCUUUAGAAAGAUCUACCUAAAACCAAUUUUAUUCAUAAAUUGAAUGAAGCCAUUAAAAUAUCUAAACCUAAACAAUAAGUGCAAAUUAUUCAAAAAACCAUUUCCAAAGAUGUUUGGCACAAAAAGUCAAUUUCCAUGAAAAUGAGAAAUGCUAAUCUUAAAGAUGGAAAAAAGAUUGUGAGUGGAUAAUUAAUAAAAUAUAAAAAAGGUGAUCAGAUCUAUGCUUUUAGAUGUAUUAAAGAUAAUAUGAAAUAAUGCAAAUUAAAAGAUAUCAAAUAAGAUCAUGAUGUUGAUACUGAUGAUGAAUAAAUUUUUAUGGCUACCAAAAAUAUGUUUAUGAGUUUAUGUUAAAGUAUUAAAAGAGAAUUAUUCAACAAAGAAGAUGAACAAAAUAAUCACGAAAACAAAAUUAUUAUAGAUGACAAUUUUUUAUGA